AUGAAAGCUUUGUCGCCAAUUCACCUAAACUUAAAAUACUCUAAUCCCAUCGGGAGUGGUGCAUGUGAAGACCAUGAGCCUUCAUUCUUAAAAUCCGUUGAUAUGUAUUUUGAUAAGGCUGCUAAUAUUAGUGGCGUAUCAUCAAAAACCUUAUCACAUAUGAAAGCACCAGAUUGUAUGCUUAAAGUUACAUUUCCAAUCGAGAUUGAUAAUGAAGUUGAAAUUAUUACAGGUUAUAGGGUUCACCAUUCCCGUCAUAUGCUUCCUGUCAAAGGUGGAAUUCGGUUUGCACCAGAUGUUGAUGAACAGGAAGUUAAUGCAUUAGCUGCAUUGAUGACUUAUAAAUGUGCUGUUGUCGAUGUUCCGUUUGGAGGUGCUAAAGGUGGCAUCUCAGUUGAUCCAAGCAAAUAUACUGAAGCAGAAUUAGAAAGAAUUACACGUCGAUAUACCGUCGAAUUAUGUCAAAAGGCGUUCAUCGGUCCGGGUACAGACGUACCAGCACCAGAUGUGGGUACAGGUGCCCGAGAAAUGUCUUGGAUAAUGGAUACUUAUCGACAAUUUCAUCCAAAUGAGGUAGACUCUAUUGGUUGCGUUACUGGAAAACCGAUAUCACUUGGUGGUGUUCGUGGAAGGAAUGAAGCUACCGGAUUAGGUGUAUACUAUGGAAUUCGUGAAUUUAUUUCAUAUCCGGAAGUACAAAAACAUACGGGGUUAAGUGGAAAGAUUGAAGAUUUAAGAAUUAUCAUACAGGGGUUCGGAAAAGUCGGAUAUUGGGCGGCUAAGUUUUUUGAAGAGAAUGGAGCCAAGAUUAUUGGUAUUGGUGAGAGAGAGUGUGGUGUUUAUAAUCCAAAUGGGUUAAAUAUUGAUGAAUUAUUUAACUAUCGACUCUCUCAUGGAUCUUUUCUUGGAGUACCCAAUGCGGAUAUUAUUGAAGAUCCAUUAAAAGUUUUGAAUUUAGAAUGUGACGUUCUAAUCCCGGCUGCACUAGAACGCCAAAUAGGUCUUCGUAAUGCCGAUAAGAUAAAAGCUAAAAUUGUUGGUGAGGCUGCCAACGGCCCUACAACUCCACUUGCAGAUGAAAUUCUAUUAAAGAAAGGAAUUUUGGUUAUACCUGAUUUACUUUUGAAUGCUGGGGGCGUUACUGUUUCAUACUUUGAAUGGUUAAAAAAUCUUUCACAUAUGAGAUUCGGUCGAAUGACAAAAAAAUGGGACGAAUUUGGUAAAGCUCAAAUAGUAGAAUUAGUGGAACGAAAUGUAGGACGCAAUUUAUCGGAUACCGAGAAAAAACAGAUUGUUCAGGGAGCGGAAGAAACAGAUUUAGUCUAUUCAGGAUUGGAAGAUACUAUGAUUAGUGCUUGUUCGGAAACUAGAAAAACCGCUAUUUCUAAGGAAAUCGAUUAUAGGACUGCAGCAUUUGUAAAUGCUAUCGAAAAAGUUGCUGCAGUUUAUGAAGGGUCUGGUAUAAUGUUUAUGAACUAG